AGCGCCGAACGAGAACGCUGCAAUGUCCGGCCGCGGGAAGCAGGGCGGGAAGGCGCGGGCCAAGGCCAAGUCGCGCUCGUCGCGGGCCGGGCUGCAGUUCCCCGUGGGCCGCGUGCACCGGCUGCUCCCCAACGGCCACUCCGGCGAGGGGGGCGCCCCGGUGUACCUGGCGGCCGUGCUGGAGUACCUGACGGCCGAGAUCCUGGAGCUGGCGGGCAACGCGGCCCGCGACAACAAGAAGACGCGCAUCAUCCCCCGCCACCUGCAGCUGGCCAUCCGCAACGACGAGGAGCUCAACAAGCUGCUGGGCAAGGUGACUAUCGCGCAGGGCGGUGUGCUGCCCAACAUCCAGGCCGUGCUGCUGCCCAAGAAGACUGAGAGUCACAAAGCCAAGAGCAAGUAAACGGGGCCUGAAGAAUCAUCCCGAGCACAAAAAAGAAAACUACUCAAAAACCCAAAGGCUCUUUUCAG